AUGGCUCAGCCACAACCAGCAGAACUGGAGAUCAGCAAGCAUGUCCCGAUUGAUGAUGUGCCUGCACUCAACUCAUACGAAGAAGAAGAAGAGGUCGAUCAUGCCUAUCUCGCUGCACCGAAACAAACCAGAAUCUUCAGAGGUGUCCUCCUCCAGAUGAUCCUCCUCGGAGCCUUGUCGUUCGUCGGACCAUCUCUCGCAGAUGCCAUCUCAGGUCUUGGAGGUGGUGGUCUGAAGGAUUCCGAUCUUGCAAACCUUGCGCGAGCCUUGAGUUCAACCAUGACUUGUAUUGUGACUCUCUUUGGUGGACCUUUGAUCAACAAGAUCGGAAUCAAGACCGGUUGUGUCAUCGCUUCCUUCGCAUUCUUCUUUACCGGUAGUGGAUACUAUGUGAACCUCAAAUACGGCGUCCAAGUUUAUCUGGUGAUCGCCCGAGUAAUUGUUGGAGGAUCAAACGGUUUCUUAUACGUUGCUGAAAGUACCGCUAUGUUGUCUUAUCCUCGAUUCCAGGAUAGAGGUACCUAUAUCAGUAUCUGGUCUGCCAUGCGAAACAGUGGAGGUAUCAUCGGUGGUGCCAUCAUCCUUGCGACCAACUACAAGACGAGCGGAGCAGGUGCAGUCAGUGCUGCCACAUACCUGAUCUUCCUUGGGUUCGAAGCUUCUGGACCUAUUUGGGCGUUCUUAUUGUCUCCAACUAAAAAGACUAGAAGACCAGAUGGUACCAAGAUCCCUACCUCGAAAGAGAUAACCUGGAAAUCGGAGUUGAAAGCUUUGGCAUUACACUUCAGACACCCUAGAGUGAGCUUCACCACUAUGCGGCUACAAUUGCACGCUUUUGUCGCCAACACUGAUUCUUGUUAUCUCCCAAACUUUACCUUCUUGGCCACUCAUUUCUCGGUCAGAGCUCGUGCUCUAGCUUCCUUCUUAGGACCUACCGGAGCUGUCUGUACCGCCCUGCUGUUUGGUCGAUUCCUCGACAGCAAAAGGAUCUCUCGAAAAGUCAAGAUCUGGCUAGGCAAGACCUUGGUACUGGUUCCACAACUCGCCAGUUUCAUCUGGGUCGGUAUUGAGUGGAACAAGUAUCCAAAUAAAGUCGCGUUGGAUUAUGAUCUGAGUCGAUCAACUUGGGCAGCAGCAUACCUCGGUCAGCUGCUCAUGCACUGUUCAGGAUUCUGUUUCCAAGUCUAUCUAUAUUGGAUUCUGGCUACUUUCUCAAACGAUCUCAAAGCAGCUUCCAGGAUCGGUGGCACUUUCCGUGCAUUCGAAUGUGCCGGUCAAGCCACAUCGUUCGGUUUGGUGUCUAAAUACCCUCGAGCCCUAAAGACUUUCUACUUCAACGCUUCUCUGAUUGUUCCUGCCACAAUCUUCAUGAUUAUAUUGGCUAAGUCAGUGCCUGAGACUCCGGCAGAGGUCGAUGAUAUGGUCAGAGGUCUAGACCAAGUGGCUGAAGACGAGAGUGUCGAGAGCAAACAGUAA